AUGAGCAGUGAGAGGAGGACGGUGCCAGAACCAGCACAUGGUGGACACCAGGAUCGUAAUCAAUCCAAACAAAUGGAAGAAAUGGACCGAAACAGGGAGGGAUUACAUAGACUUGUUCAAUAAGAAGCACUUUUAAAUAUUUUAAAACAUUUUCUGUUGUGUGCCCUAAUGAAUACAACCCAGUUUCUGUGGGGGUUGGAAACCCUGGUAGACUGACAGCCUGGUUGACUGGCUGGCUGGCUGUUGUUAUACUGCACUCUGCUGGGGGUGAGCGGACUAAACAAUGUGAACUCUGUCUUAGUCUGCCCAACCUGAAAAAAUACUGCAGUUUACUAUAGAAUACUACAGUACUUACUAUAGAAUAAUAUAGUAAACUGUAGUAUACUGUAGAAUACUAUACUAUACACUGUAGUAUCCCUCGGUCAUGUGUAGUACAUACUAUAGAAUGUUGUAGUAUACUGUAGAAUACUAAAGUAAAUACAUAAGUAUUAUCCUCCCAAAAAACACGAAAUAGUUGAUGUAGGGUUUAAUCUGUCAAAAGGUAACUCACAUCUCGUGAUUUAUGAGGUAGGUGUGUCUGGGGUUAUUAAGUUUAUAAUAGGUACAUUUCACCUCGUGAUUUAUGAAGGGUCUUGGUGUGUUAUAAAAUGUUAAAACUGUGGGGUCACCAUGAUCUGAUUACUUUGAUCUGGAAGGAGUGGUGAGUGUGUGUGUGUGGGUUGUUAGUCUUUGAUUAGUUUAGGCAAUCAAGGCUGAGAGGAUGUAUCCAUUUGAAAGGGUGUCCUGCUCUUGGUCAAGAUUGAUGGGUGUAACAGCAGCAAGACAAUAUGGUGCCCCAGAGUCUGGGGUGGAACUGUGGGCUGGGUGUGUUUUCCUAUUUCCACAAUAUUUAAUUUAUUAGACAAAGAUGGGAAUUUAAAAUUAUGACAAUCAUGGUUAUUUUAUUUAUAUAACCAGAGAAUUGGGCUGAUUCAAACAAGACCAAACAUGCUUAUUUUUAAAGUACAUUAAAGACAUGUCCAAGAAAGGUUACAGGCACAUAUUCUCACAGGAGAGACGAGGCCUUCAGCAAGAGGGAAUUUCAAGAUGAUGGCUACUUGUAAUACUAAAAUAAACAACCCCAUUUCUUGUGAUGGGUUGUAAUAUAUAAAAAAUAUAUUAAUGUAUUUAUUUCCACUCACGUGUGUGUGUGUGUGUGUGUGUGUGUGGAGGCUUCUGUCAUCCAUGAUGGAACAUCUCAUCCUACAUCCAGGACAACCAGCAUCCAGGCUUGGUAUCAGACGGAUGCAGCUACUGCAACACUUGACUGGCCUGAGGCUGCAGGGGAAACUCACUGCUCUGGACUGUGCUGACCUCACUGUCUCCCAUUCCAUGUACCAGAAUGCUGCCAUUGGCGAGGACAUUCUCACUGUCACGAUCGUCGAAGGAGGAGGACCAAGGCGCAGCGUGAAAUGCAAACAUACUUAUUUUAUUAAGUAUCACACGAAAAACAAAACGAUAACGUGACGUCCAAGGUCUAAACACAACCAACACGGAACAAGAUCCCACAACUACUGUGGGAAAACAGCCUGUCUAAAUGUGGUUCCCAAUCAGAGACAACCAGCAACAGCUGACACUCGUUGCCUCUGAUUGAGAACCACUCUGGCCAACAUAGAAAUGAAACAACUAGAAACUACAACACAGAACACAAACACAUAGAAUCUACACACCCUGGCUCAACAUAUAGAGUCCCCAGAGCCAGGGUGUGACAGUACCCCCCCCCAAAGGCGCGGACUGCGACCGCGCCUAAACAUAAACCAAACAGGGGAGGGCUGGGUGGGCAUUCCUCCUCGGAGGCGGUUCCGGCUCCGGGCUUGACCACCACCCUCCAACAAUUCCCCCGUAGCGCCCCUGGUCCGGUCUGGCCCCGCUGGCUGGAGCUGGACUGGACAUCGUAGGAGCGGAUUGCUUAGGCUCCGGUGUGGAGCAGCUGACCGGUACCUGACCAGGCACCGGUGACCCAGGCACGGGUUGUGCCGGACUGACGACGCGCACCCCUGGCUUGGUGCGUGGAGCAGGAACGGGCCGGACCGGGCUGACGAUGCGCACCCCUGGCUUGGUGCGUGGAGCAGCAACGGGCCGGACCGGGCUGACGAUGCGCACCCCUGGCUUGGUGCGUGGAGCAGCAACGGGCCGGACCGGGCUGACGAUGUGCACCCCUGGCUUGGUGCGUGGAGCAGGAACGGGCCGGACCGGGCUGACGAUGCGCACCCCUGGCUUGGUGCGUGGCGCAGGAACGGGCCGUACCGGGCUGACGACUCGCACCCCUGGCUUAGUGCGAGUGGCAGGAACAGGCCGGGCCGGGCUGGCGACGCGCACCAUUGGCUUGGUGCGGGAAGCAGGAACAGGCCGGGCCGGGCUGGCGACGCGCACCAUUAGCUUGGUGCGGGGAGCAGGAACAGGCCGGGCCGGGCUGGCAACGCGCACCAUUAGCUUGGUGCGGGGAGCAGGAACAGGCCGGGCCGGGCUGGCGACGCGCACCAUUAGCUUGGUGCGGGGAGCAGGAACAGGCCGGGCCGGGCUGGCGACGCGCACCAUAGGCUUGGUGCGGGGAGCAGGAACAGGCCGGGCUGGCGACGCGCACCAUUAGCUUGGUGCGGGGAGCAGGAACAGGCCGGGCCGGGCUGGCGACGCGCAUCAUUAGCUUGGUGCGGGGAGCAGGAACAGGCCGAGCCGGGCUGGCGACGCGCACCAUUAGCUUGGUGCGGGGAGCAGGAACAGGCCGGGCCGGGCUGGCGACGCGCACCAUUGGCUUGGUGCGGGGAUCAGGAACGGGCCGGACCGGACUGGCAAUACACCUCAGUACCUCUCGCCGUGCCUCUACAUCUUCCUUCCCUCCUCUCACCAAUGGCUCCCUUAACCCGGUGGCCUUCUCUCCUCGUCCACCUACUCGCCCCUUAUCUGCCUCCAGCAGCCCCGUCGUCCAUGCCAUGUGCCCCCCCCUAAAAAAAAUGUGGGGGUGCCUCUCGCCUGUCCGACCACGGCCCGGUUGGCGCCGCUUCUCCUCUCUACGGCGCGCCUCCACCGUCUCUUCCCACGGACGCCGAUCCAUCCCGGCCUGUAUCUCCUCCCAAGUCCAGGACCCUUUCCCGUCCAAUAUCUCCUCCCAUGUCCAGGCUGCCUGGUCCUGGACACGCUGCUUGGUCCUGGUAUGGUGGGAUCUUCUGUCUCGAUCGUCGAAGGAGGAGGACCAAGGCGCAGCGUGAAAUGCAAACAUACUUAUUUUAUUAAGUAUCACACGAACAACAAAACAACAAACGAUAACGUGACGUCCAAGGUCUAAACACAACCAACACGGAACAAGAUCCCACAACUACUGUGGGAAAACAGCCUGUCUAAAUGUGGUUCCCAAUCAGAGACAACCAGCAACAGCUGACACUCGUUGCCUCUGAUUGAGAACCACUCUGGCCAACAUAGAAAUGAAACAACUAGAAACUACAACACAGAACACAAACACAUAGAAUCUACACACCCUGGCUUAACAUAUAGAGUCCCCAGAGCCAGGGUGUGACACUCACCUUUACUCUACCAACAAAAUAUAAUCUAACACUCUGGUACCCUGCAAACCAUGACCCAUUUUGUAUUCUACAUUAGUCAAAUGUAAUGGAGUCCAUUGCCCCUGUUGUGAAUGGCUGCUGUUCAUACAAGGAUUUGUACAUUGCUAGACAUGACCGCCUUGUUGAACUGAUAGCCAGAGACAAGUGGUCUCACCAACAGCACACAUGCAUUAACAUUCUUGUGUAAGGGUAAGCAGGUUUGAUGUUGAUGAUGAUGUGUUUUCCUGUGUUCCAAAUACGCCAGAUAUUGUUGUGGGGGAGGCCAGGGGGAGGUGCUCAUUUUAGAAGUGGGCUGCUCAUUUGACGGCUACAUGGAGCAGGCCUUGAAGCUGUUUAAGUACCAGCCCCUCAUGGCACGCUUGGACAGCCUCGGGUGUAGGUGCAAGCUGGUGGCGCUGAUAUUCGGCAGUUUCUGCCACGUACACAGGCUUGCAGUGUGUGGCCUCCAGAUUGCGGUCCUGACAAAAACUAGGGCAAAGCAGUUGGCUGGGUACUGCUCUGUUUCAGCUGUCGUGAGCAGCCUAGCUGUUCUAAGCAGACACAUGGAAUUGUUUUAAGAUGGUCAUACUAUGGAUCAUUUAGCUAUUUGAUUUGGAAUUUUAGGACCCCUUUAGGUAUACAAAAUUAAAAUUAAAAAAUGAUUUGACUACUAUAGCCCAGUUGAACGCAUUGAACAACACAUUCAUAAAUGGAAAAAUAGAAAUCAUAAGAAACAGGGGAUAUAAGAAAGCUCAGGAAAUAUAUACAGUGCCUUUGGAAAGUAUUCAGACACCUUGAAUUUUUCCACAUUUUGUUACGUUACAGCCUUAAUCUAAAAUGGAUAAAAUAAAAUAAAAUCCUCAACAAUCUACACAAAGUACCCCAUAAUGACAAAGCGAAAACAGGUGUUUAGACAUUUUUGCACAUUUAUUAAAAAUAAAAACAGAAAUACCUUAUUUACAUAAGUAUUCAGACCCUUUGCUAUGAGAAUCAAAAUUGAGCUCAGGUGCAUCCUGUUUCCAUUGAUCAUCCUUGAGAUGUUUCUACGACUUGAUUGGAGUCCACCUGUGCUAAAUUCUAUUGAUUGGACAUUAUUUAGAAAGGCACACGCCUGUCAAUAUAAGGUCCCACAGUUGACAGUGCAUAAACCAAGCCAUGAGGUCGACGAAAUUGUCCGUAGAGCUCCGAGACAGGAUUGUGUCGAGGCACAGAUCUGGGGAAGGGUACCAAAAAUGUCUGCAGCAUUGAAGGUCCCCAAGAAUACAGUGGCCUCCAUCAUUCUUAAAUGGAAGAAGUUUGGAACCACCAAGACUCUUCCUCUUCAGGAAGGUGACCAAGAACCCGAUGGUCACUCUGACAGAGCUGUAGAGUUCCUCUGUGGAGAUGGGAGAACCUUCCAGAAGGACAACCAUCUCUGCAGCACUCCACCAAUCAGGCCUUUAUGGUAGAGUGGCCAGACGGAAGCUUUGAGUUUGCCAAAAGGCACCUAAAGACUCUCAGACCAUGUGAAACAAGAUUAUCUGGUCUGAUGAAACCAAGAUUAAACUCUGGCCUGAAUGCCAAGCGUCACGUAUGGAGGAAACCUGCUACCAUCCCUACGGUGAAGCAUAGUGGUGGCAGCAUCAUGCUGUGGGGAUGUUUUUCAGCGGCAGGGACUGGAAGUUGAGUCAGGAUCGAGGCAAAGAUGAACGGAGCAAAGUACAACAAUUUUUUUUAAUCCAUUUUAGAAUAAGGCUAUAAUGUAACAAAAUGUGGAAAAAGUCAAGGGGUCUGAAUACUUUCCAAAUGAACUGUAUGUGUGUGUGGUGUGUGAACGCACAAGUGGGCGUGAGAGGUUGUGUGUGUGUUCACACGCUCUCAUCAGUGGUGGAAAAAGUACCCAACUGUCAUACUUGAGUAAAAGUAAAGAUACCUUCAUAGAAAAUGACUUAAGUAAAAGUGAAAGUCACCCAGUAAAAUUCUACUUGAGUAAAUGUCUAAAAGUAUUUGGUUUAACAUAUACAGUUGAAGUCGGAAGUUUACAUACACUUAGGUUGGAGUCAUUAAAACUUGUUUUUCAACCACUCCACAAAUUUCUUGUUAACAAACUAUAGUUUUGGCAAGUCGGUUAGGACAUCUACUUUGUGCAUGAUACAAGUAAUGUUUCCAACAAUUGUUUACAGACAGAUUAUUUCACUUAUAAUUCACUGUAUCACAAUUCCAGUGGGUCAGAAGUUUACAUACACUAAGUUGACUGUGCCUUUAAACAGCUUGGAAAAUUCCAGAAAAUGAUGUCAUGGCUUUAGAAGGUUCUGAUAGGCUAAUUGACAUAAUUUGAGUCAAUUGGAGGUGUACCCAUUUUGUCACCAAAGCCCCAUAUACUACCCACCAUUGUGACCUGUACGCUCUUGUUGGCUGGCCCUCACUACAUAUUCGUCGCCAAACCCACUGGCUCCAGGUCAUCUAUAAAUCACUGCUAGGCAAAUCCCCGUCUUACCUUAGCUCACUGGUCACCAUAGCCACACCCACCCAUAGUCUGCGCUCCAGCAGGUAUAUCUCACUGGUCAUCCCCAAAGCCAACACCUCCUUUGGCCGCCAUUCCUUCCAGUUCUCUGCUGCCAAUGACUGGAACGAACUGUAGUGUAUUAAAGAUUAUGACUUUCUUAAUGGAACCAGAGGGGAUGUUUAUCUUAGUUCAAAAGUAGCCGUUUGUAGGGUGACGCCCCAGGGGAGACUGGUGAUUGGACCGCAGAGGGAGCAACCCAUAUUUUUACAUUGUUUAUAAGUAUAUGCUGGAGGCACAGGAAAGCAGAGCAGCCAUCACAAUUCGAGAACACUGCUCUCCGGGGGAUCUUGACUCCUGUAACUCAUGCUGAAAGCUUGUGAUAUGAAUAAAACUUAUGAUCAAAGGUUCAGUAUGAGCGGACUCCUUUGUUUAUCAGCAAUAAUUGCCAGCAUUUACUCGAUACGACAAAUGGCGCCCAACGUGGGGCUGGUCUGCAUCUCUCCUUUGCUUCAUUCGUUGCCGCCAAGCUAACUCGUUCUGAAGUCAUGGCCAGACAAGGGUGAGUUUUUCUUACCGCUUUGGAGGUUGUUAGUUUGGAUGCUAUGUGAUUGUACACUGGAGGAAUGUACCAUUAGGACCGAAAUGUGCCUCGUGUGGUGUUAUUGCUGAGAACGGGGGGUCUGGCUAAUCAUUAUACAAUUUUUAAAACAUCGCAAAAGUGGGUAGAGCCUAUAUAUUGGCUAUAGAGAUGUGUUGCUUGAAUAGGAAGUCAAGAACAAUCGGGGCCAGGAUAUGUAUACAAGUUAGGACAUUGCAGGAUUUGAUAAGCCCUCGGAACAAACGAGGCGACCCCUAUGGUGGGCCAUAAAUCCUGGUAACGCGCUAGGUGUUGUCAGGUCAGUCUUGGACUGGGGUUGGGUUAUAGAUUUAUUGUAAGUUGCUGCUCAUCUUCUAUCCGACGGGGUAGCUGCUUGGGGGGACCGCUCAUAAAAUAUCCGUACUCACGGCAGCCUAAAGUUAGGAAAAAGGAAAAAGUAAUUAAAGACGCAAUGUCGGGUACAUUGUUUUUAUGCUACAUGGUGCAUACAGGCUAAUGCUAAAGGCUAAUGCUAAAUGCUAAUAUGCUGCAUGAUAACAUGUGACCGUAGAGGUCCACUGCGAUGGGAUAAAGCCUCUUAAAUUAUGUUUGUGUGUGUGUGGAAUUCAGGUUCUAUGUUUUGUGAGCGCUGUUAAAUGUUGUUGACUAUGAGGGGAAAACGGAGGUACAGCAGGACUGUUAAACUCCCUUCCACGGUGAAAAAGUAUUUUUGAAUGUAUCGCGCAUGCGUGGGAUUUCACUAAACUACAACACAUCUGUUACACUGCAGGGGGAGACAGAGACACAGACGAGGGAACAAAGAGGAGAGAUUUUAACACGAAUCUUCUAGGUUUAAAGCGGCUGUUUGAAAAUGAAACUAUUUGUUGGGAUGUAGUGAAUUUAUAAAUUAGAUAUAUGUUGAUGGAUUAUAAUAAAUUGAAUUAAAUGACGGAUUAAAAUAAAUAAAAAUGUUAUUGAGCUAUUUAGUCCUGAGUUAAAUCUUAGAGCGAAUAUGAGUGGGGGAAUAUUGAAUGUGGAUAACUCAGUGAUUGCAUGACUGCUAAAUUCUUUUUCUGUUUCUAUGCUCUUUUGUCAUAUGAGAGGAACGAUAGGACGAGAGGAGAGGAGAGAGAGGGAGAAAGAAAGAGAGGUGCUGAUGUGACAUCACGUGACAGGGGGAGGAUCGAGUCAAAAAGGUUUUGGUACUGGUCUUGCAAAAUCUUCCCCUACAGGAUAUUUGAUGUUAUGACAAUUUCGCAGAGGCUUGGCAACAGACUGAUCAUUUGAAUAAAAUUUGCAUUUUAGAGUCUCUGGCAUCACUUGGGUUUGAUUGCAGUUGUGUUGGAAAUCAAGUACUGACAUUAUUCUGUAAAAUUAAGAUAAUUAGGUGCUUAUAGAGCAAGGGGGUUUAUGGGAAUUGUAGUGUUGUAAGGUUAGAGGGCUUUGUUUUUAGGAUUGGUAAGAUAGCCACUAAUUGGUAAGAUAGGAUAUAGAAAUAAAAAAUUGGUUUUAAUUAUUCAUAAUUUGUAAUAGAUUUUUUAUUUUAAUUAAAUAAUUUUAUGAAUAAAAAUUUUAAUUGAAUAUUUUAAUAUUCAUAUUUUUGUUGAUUAAUAAUUAAAGGGGGGAAGCCAUAGGCUAUAUAGUCUAAAAUAAAAUAAUUCACUAGUCUAAAAUAAAAUAAUUCACAAUAAAGGAAUAUAAAGAGUAGUUACAAUGGGGAGAAAGGACAGCAAGGCUAUGAAAGUCAUUACACCGGUUGAUAUAGUUGAAAAUAGUAAUCCUUUAACUAAAGUAGUGCUAGGUUAUCCGGCAAAUGAAACAAAAGUUGCCCUUCAUUCUCAAACAAAAACUGAUAAAAGAUUCCAGGUGAUAAGAUAAACAAAGGUAUAGAGAAAAGGCUAAAGGAAGAGAAGGCGACAGGAAAACUAAUGGCAGAAGUUAGUACACCUUUCUCACAUACGGAUUCAGCAAAAAGACCCCCACCUUACGAGAAGGAAGUAGAGCUUAGGGAUGUUUAUCCUCAGCUUCCAGUGAUCAUCCAGGAGGGUGAUUAUUGCAUCAGAGAUGAAGAUGAACGAAUAAUAGAUAGAGGACAAGCAGAAACGACAAUAAAAAUGAAUCCAAAACUCCAGAAGUAAGGAAAAACCGAGAUGUCUGGAAACUAAGAGAAGAAUGAGGUUCGGGAAGAUGAAGACUUAGAGAUUAAAGGUGCUUUAUGUUCAAGAGGAUUUUAUUCAACAAUGAUUGGCACAGAAGAAAUAGAAGGAGAUAUAGACCGAUGCUUAUCAUGCCUGGAUAAAGCGAAUAGUUUAGAAGAAGUAACACAACUGGAUGAACAACUCAAGAAGAGAAGAUACAGAAGGAGAAACUGCUGAGAAAAGAAUCCCAAGAAUUGGAGGAGAAGAAUACAUUGAGGUCAAGAAAAGGCCACUAGUAAGAAGAUGAUGGAAGAUGAUAUUUCGAGGACAGAACUUAGAAUAUAAGCUUUUGAAGAAUCCUGAUAUGUCAACAGCAAGAAAGAACAGGAUCAAGAAACUCUCAGAACACUCAAUCAUACAACUGGUGGAGAAGAGAAGCUUUGGUUAUGAAGAAUCAGAGGGAACCAAAUCAACAAUCACUGCUACAGCUUCAACUGAACAAGGCCAACCGCAAUUGUACCAGCCACCAAGGGCGGUACCAGGUGUUUCAUAUCCACAGCCAGUUUCGGGACAGACACAGAAUUGGAGAGGAAGAAGACGAGAAGGCUUAGAAGAGGAGGAAGAUUUCAGCUACACUUCCAGCAACUUUCAGAAGAGUGUUAUAAUUGUGGACAGAUUGGUCACUUUACCUGUGAGUGCAAUAAGUCAGGAGGAAACAUUAGAGGGAAUUUCAGAGGAAGAUACAGGGGCAAGUCAAAAUCACCUGUUCUCCAGGUGAACCCCUACAGGGGUCCGGAGCAAGGAUUCUAGAGGUGCCUAGAAGAUACGAAGGGGGGUGUCAGCUGGUAGCAUCGAUUAGAGAAGAAGAGAAAAUAUCUAACAAUUGAAGUAAAAACAAAGGACUAGGAGAGGUGAAUAGUGGAAAAACUUUUAUCUGUGUUCAGCCUAAAGAGGUUAAACAUCUCACUAUGUAAAAUUAACUAAUUAGGAUAGGGAUUUGAGGUAGUAAAACAGCUAAUUACUCUUAAGGAACCACUUGAGCUCUGCUAUAAAACUCAAAGAGAAAUUAAAAUAGACAUACUAAUAUUAGAACAUAUACCUAUUGCAUUGUUGGGAAGAGAUGCAUUGUGUAAAUUGAACUGUACAAUAAGAUGUACACUAGACGGCUGUCUGGUAGAAGAUUUUAAAAGAAUAGGGUUUUUGGGAAUCAUAUUUGCUUAAAAAGAUAAUAUCAUAGGAAGGAUGAUAAUCUAUUAGACUGCCUAUUAGACAAUCUGUCUGGAAAAUAAAGUUAAAAGGGGUGACUGUUAUUCUGGGUUACAUUCUUACACCAAGAGAUUUCAGGCUAGGCUAAAAGGUGUUUAGUCGUUUGCCAAGUCUGUGUGUAAAGAAGUCAGAAGCAGGUGGGGACUUCCCAAUCACAUAUUCUAAAAAUUUGGUGGUAAAGGGAUUUUGUGAAUAAAUCAGUGGAAAAGGUUUUUAAAGGUUAGGAGAAAAGAUUAGAUUAAAAAAGUUAGGAGAACUAGGGUUGAAGGAACUCUAAGACAGUAAGCUAAGUUUCAAAGUUAGUAGUAAGAGAGAGAGAACAGUGGUGAAGGACAUUUUAGAGUUUAGUGGGAAGAUAGAUAUGGUAGGAGUUUGGAUCUGUUAGGAGCAGAUGCAUUGAGAAAGUAUGCGUUGCUGAAUGAUAAGAGAAGAUUGAGGGUGAUUGAGUAUCUAUAUUUACAAUUCCCAGCAGGAAGAUCAAGGUAAUUGUAGGUGUAUUUUUUAUAAUCAAAAGUUUAAAAGUUAGGGUUUAGAGUAGGAAGAGAGAGUGAAUGUAAGUUACAUUUACGUCAUUUGACACUAGUGGUAAUAGAUGGAAGUACAAGCAAGGAGUUCAAAGCUUUGGGGAAACUAGAUGAAGUAACAAUAAGGACAUUAACACGUCAGUCUAUUAAAACAACAGUGAGAAGCAAUUUAACUCUUGCAACAUUGAUAGUUAUUAAAGCCAUAAAUAUAUCGCAUUUGAUUAUAAGGGAACCAAUAGCUCCAGCACCAAUUUUAGAGGAAAAGACUGUUAUUAGGGUUAGGAUGAGUGAUCCAGCUCAUCUUCAUUGUAGAUGUGAGAGAUGGAGUGGAGAGGGGAUGUUCCUCCCACAUGGAGAGAUAAUUAGGGAGAAGAAGUAUUGUUAUCAGGACCAGGAGUAGAAGCUGUUGCAGCUAGUCAAAGGAGGUAUAGUUUGUACAACGAUAUGAAGUGGAAGAGGGUUAUGAGUGAUUGUUCAUUUAUUUUGCGUAAUGUUACAGAGAAAGAUCAGGGAGAAUAUAUGCGUACUUAUCUAGUGCAAGCAUUAAAAUUUGUUCCGGUUAAGAAUUAUUGGUUAAAAGGCUAUGUAGUUCGUAAAGUGACGCUUAUAAUGGAAGAUUUGAAGUCUGUUGAAGUUUCCACAGUCACCAAAGGAGUUCAGGAAGAAUAUGUUACAGUAGUCACUCCAACAAUAAAUAAUACACAUAGGAUAUCGGUAGCUUUCCCACUAGAAGUAGUUAAGGGUGUUAAUACAUCAACUAAAUCAACUACUUUAAUGGUAACUUUGGAAAGGGAUUAAUGAUACGAUGGCGAUAACAAAUGUAGGAAGUAUGACACAGACACCGACAAUGACUUUUCUGAAAUGGUACGGAUAGAGAGUGCUGUCAAUGGUACCUACCAGGUACAACCCUAAAUCCGUAAACAUGGGUACCCUCAUAGAUAUCAUCCUGACUAACAUACCCUCUAAAUACACCUCAGCUGUCUUCAACCAGGAUCUCAGCGAUCACUGCCUUAUUGCCUGCGUCCGUAAUGGGUCCGCGGUCAAACGACCACCCCUCAUCACUGUCAAACGCUCCCUAAAACACUUUAGCGAGCAGGCCUUCCUAAUUGACCUGGCCCAGGUAUCCUGGAUGGAUAUAGAUCUCAUUCCGUCAGUAGAGGAUGCCUGGUUGUUCCUUAAAAGUAAUUUCCUCUCAAUCUUAAAUAAACAUGCCCCAUUCAAAAAAUACAGAACUAAGAACCGAUAUAGCCCCUGGUUCUCCUCAGACUUGACUGCCCUUGACCAGCACAAAAACAUCCUGUGGCGUACAGCAUUAGCAUCAAAUAGCCCCCGCGAUAUGCAACUUUUCAGGGAAGUUAGGAACCAAUAUACACAAGCAGUCAGGAAAGCAAAGGCUAACUUUUUCAAACAGAAAUUUGCAUCCUGUAGCACUAACUCCAAAAAGUUUUGGGACACUGUAAAGUCCAUGGAGAAUAAGAGCACUUCCUCCCAGCUGCCCACUGCACUGAGGCUAGGAAACACUAUCACCACCGAUAAAUCUACAAUAAUCGAGAAUUUCAACAAGCAUUUUGCUACAGCUGGCCAUGCUUUCCAUCUGGCUACCACUAACCCGGCCACCAACUCUGCACCCUCUGCUGCAACUUGCCCAUGCCCCCCCCCGCUUCUCCUUCACACAAAUUCAGACAGCUGAUGUUUUGAAAGCGCUGCAAAAUCUGGACCCCUACAAAUCAGCUGGGCUAGACAAUCUGGACCCUUUCUUUCUAAAACUAGCCGCCGAAAUUGUCGCUACCCCUAUUACUAGUCUGUUCAACCUCUCUUUCAUAACGUCUGAGAUCCCCAGAGAUUGGAAAGCUGCCGCGGUCAUCCCCCUCUUCAAAGGGGGUGACACUCUAGAUCCAAACUGCUACAGACCUAUAUCCAUCCUGCCCUGCCUUUCGAAAGUAUUUGAAAGCCAAGUUAACAAACAGAUCACCGACCAUUUCGAAUACCACCGUACCUUCUCCGCUAUGCAAUCCGGUUUCCGAGCUGGUCACGGGUGCACUUCAGCCACGCUCAAGGUCAUAAACGAUAUUAUAACCGCGAUUGAUAAUAGACAGUACUGUGCAGCCGUCUUCAUCGACCUGGCCAAGGCUUUCGACUCUGUCAACCACCGCAUUCUUAUUGGCAGACUAAAUAGCCUUGGUUUCUCAAAUGACUGCCUCGCCUGGUUCACCAACUACUUCUCAGAUAGAGUUCAGUGUGUCAAAUCGGAGGGCCUGUUGUCUGGACCUAUGGCAGUCUCUAUGGGGGUGCCACAGGGUUCAAUUCUUGGGCCGACACUUUUCUCCGUGUAUAUCAAUGAUGUCGCUCUUGCUGCUGGUGACUCUCAGAUCCACCUCUACGCAGACGACACCAUUUUGUAUACAUCUGGCCCUUCAUUGGACACUGUGUUAACAAACCUCCAAACGAGCUUCAAUGCCAUACAACAAUCCUUCAGUAGCCUCCAACUGCUCUUAAACACUAGUAAAACUAAAUGCAUGCUUUUCAAUCGAACGCUGCUGGCACCCGCCCACCCGACUAGAAUCACCACUCUCGACGGGUCUGACCUAGAGUAUGUGGACAACUACAAAUACCUAGGUGUCUGGUUAGACUGUAAACUCAACUUCCAGACUCACAUAAAGAAUCUCCAAUCCAAAGUUAAAUCUAGAAUCGGCUUCCUAUUUCGCAACAAAGCCUCCUUCACUCAUGCUGCCAAACAUGCCCUCGUAAAACUGACUAUCCUACCGAUCCUUGACUUCGGCGAUGUCAUUUACAAAAUAGCCUCCAACACUCUACUCAGCAAAUUGGAUGUAGUCUAUCACAGUGCCAUCCGUUUUGUCUCCAAAGCCCCAUACACUACCCACCACUGUGACCUGUACGCUCUUGUUGGCUGGUCCUCACUACAUGUUCGUCGUCAAACCCACUGGCUCCAGGCCAUCUAUAAAUCACUGCUAGGCAAAUCCCCGCCUUAUCUUAGCUCAUUGGUCACCAUAGCAGCACCCACCCGUAGUCUGCGCUCCAGCAGGUAUAUCUCACUGGUCAUUCCCAAAGCCAACACCUCCUUUGGCCGCCAUUCCUUCCAGUUCUCUGCUGCCAAUGACUGGAACGAAUUGCAAAAAUCUCUGAAGCUGGAGACUCUUAUAACCCUCAAUAACUUUAAGCAUCAGUUGUCAGAGCACCUUACCGAUCACUGCACCUGUACACAGCCCAUCUGAAAUUAGCCCACCCAACUACCUCAUCCCUAUAUUGUUAUUUAUUUUGCUCUUUUGCACCCCAGUAUCUCUAUUUGCACAUAAUCUCUUGCACAUCUAGCAUUCCAGUGUUAAUACUAUUGUAAUUAUUCUGCACUAUAGCCUAUUUAUUGCCUUACCUCCAUAACUUGCUACAUUUGCACACACUGUAUAUAUAUUUUCUGUUGUAUUUUUGACUUUAUGUUUUUUUACCCCAUAUGUAACUCUGUGUUGUUUUUAUUGCACUGCUUUGCUUUAUCUUGGCCAGGUCGCAGUUGUAAAUGAGAACCUGUUCUCAACUGGUUUACCUGGUUAAAUAAAGGUGAAAUAAAAAAAUAAAAUAAAAUAAGGAUAGGGUUAAAAUAGGAGAGAAGAUAGUGGUAGAGAAGAAUAUAGAUUCAUCUGAAAUAGUGAAGGAUACUAUCAUGGAGGUACAGGAUAGUAGUGGAUGGGCAGGUAGGAAUCUUUGGUUCCAGCAGCUAGCUCAUUCUGUGAGAUCAGUGAGGAAUCUUGAGGGUCCAUGUCUGUUGAGAAUUCCAGCACCAAACAUUUUAGAGACGGUCGCUCGACCUCUAUCAAGUAUGUGUCAGUCUUAUGUUUUGUCAUGACUGUAUCAGCAACAACAAUCAGUAACAGAUAAAAUAAUGUCGUUGUCAAAACAUUUGUUUAGGCCUAGAUUUAGGUGUUCUUGGUUAAAUGAAUUACCCUAUGUGAAUUUAUUAGACGGUAAGGAAAAUCAGGUAACAGCGAACCCUGAAGCAUUGGAGGUGAAAGCAGUGAGGGCUAAAAGUUGUUUUUGUUCUAAUAAAACAUAUGAUGUAAGGUAUGUUUAUGGGAAUAUCAGAUUGUGAUGAUUAUAUGAUAACUUUGGGUAAGCAUGACCUUAAGGGUAGUAAUGAGAAAUAUAAUGUUACUUUUUAUGUUCCAGGUAGUAAGAACAGCAAGACUUUGAUGGUUAAAAGAUUAGCUUUUGACUGGCAAUGUGACUAGUGGGAAUUUUAGAGAUAUUUGGAGGGUUUGUGGUGAUAAAGCAUAUAUAUUCUUACCCUAUGGAUGGACAGGAUGUUGUUACAUGUCAACGUUGAAUUGGAGGAUAAUUCUAAGAGAGAAGGGGGGACUUUUUCCAUGGUAUGGUGUAACAUUUUUGGCAGAUCAUAUUGAUAAUAUUAGCUAUACUUUGAUUCCAGAUAGUUCAGAUAGUAUCACUAUGCGUUGAAGAAUAUAAGGGAUGCGUUUGGUAGAUCUGAAGGAGCUGGAUGGUCAGCGAAGACUUGGUUGCAAGAUCAGUUAGGCCCAGUAGGAGCAGUGAUGGAUUAGAUUUUAAUGGCAGCUUUGAUAGCACUGUGUGUGAUGUUUGUAAUUUAUUACUGACCUUUGAGAAAGCUAUGAUAUUGAGCUAGGUUGGAGUAGUGAUGCCUGGAGACAACACUCAGAUGCCGUUGUUGACUGUUCCUGAUCUAGAUGAAGAUGGACAAGGGGGUCUGGAUGGAGUAUUAAUGGAUAAAUAUCCUUUUUGAUUUUUUGAUCAUUUUUCAACAAAAAAAAAAUCGAUAUUAGUGUGAUUUUAGUAUGAUGUUAUGAAUCAAAGGGGGGAAGUGUAUGAAUGAAUAAUUAUCCUAUUUCAUUAUUCUAUCAUUUAUAUUGAUUCAUACAUCAUUUAUAUAUAAUUUUUAUAUUCUUAGUUGAUAUUGAUGUUUAAUUUGAAAGUGUUGUUUUGCAAAAGAUACUGUUUGGUCUUUUCUUUUCUUCCAGAAGCAUUUGGGGGAAUAUGUGGAGAUUGAAAUACUCAAACAAGGACAAUAUGAAGGGACAAUAUGAAAGGACAAUGACUGGAGGAGAUGGAACAAAGAAGGUGUGGAAAGAUUCCGAUUCCAUCAUCAACAAUGCAUUGGGAGACGAGACUACGGAGGAGAUGAAGUGUAGUGGACUACAUUCCAGUGUCUGCAAUGAAAUAUAGACAUAUUUGCAUGUGUAAUACAUAAUUUGUGUCAUAGUCUUAGGUAUUAAUUGUUGUAGAAUGAUAUUUGAUGUUAUUGGAUACAUGUGGGGAUCUUAGAUGUUUUUGUUUAUUUCGUGAAUGCUUAGGGACAGGGAGUCUAGGCAGGGAGAGGUCCACUAUAGGGUCCGAUGGGUUGACCAGCCUCUUGGUGUGGACAUUUUUUGGAUAGUAUUUUGUUUGCAGGGGCUUUCAUGUGUAUUUAAUUGCAUCAUAGUUUCAAAUGCAUUUAUAAAGAGUUAUGAAUUCAUCGGGAGUACCUAGGUGGUUGCCUGGGGCAGAGGGACCGUGAGAGAAUUUUACUGUCUUGAUUGAUGGAUGGAUAUUUGGAACGAAGUUGCCAGACAGUUUUUCGCUCUCACACUCCAUAAAGAUUUGUUCAUAUUUCAUAGUAAUGUAUUCACACUCCAUAAAGAUUUGUUCAUAUUUCAUAGUAAUGUAUUCACACUUCAUAAAGAUUUGUUCAUAUUUCAUAGUAAUGUAUUCACACUUCAUAAACAGUUAUUCAUAUUUCAUAGAAAGGUAUAUACACUCUAGAGAAGAAUGUUUUUUGGUUUAAGGUUAAAAAUACUCAAUAAGAUAAAUUGUUACUAGUCAUAAUCCUAUUCUGUUUGUUUUCGAGACUUUUAGUUAGUCUCGAAGGUGGGAAAUGUAGUGUAUUAAAGAUUAUGACUUUCUUAAUGGAACCAGAGGGGAUGUUUAUCUUAGUUCAAAAGUAGCCGUUUGUAGGGUGACGCCCCAGGGGAGACUGGUGAUUGGACCGCAGAGGGAGCAACCCAUAUUUUUACAUUGUUUAUAAGUAUAUGCUGGAGGCACAGGAAAGCAGAGCAGCCAUCACAAUUCGAGAACACUGCUCUCCGGGGGAUCUUGACUCCUGUAACUCAUGCUGAAAGCUUGUGAUAUGAAUAAAACUUAUGAUCAAAGGUUCAGUAUGAGCGGACUCCUUUGUUUAUCAGCAAUAAUUGCCAGCAUUUACUCGAUACGACAGAACUGCAAAAAUCUCUGAAGCUGGAGACUCUUAUCUCCCUCACUAACUUUAAGCGUCAGUUGUCAGAGCAGCUUACCGAUCACUGCACCUGUACACAGCCAUUCUGAAAUUAGCCCACCCAACUACCUCAUCCCCAUAUUGUUAUUUAUUUGGCUAAACGGGGGUGGCAGCAUCAUACUGUGGGGGUGCUUUACUGCAGGAGGGACUGGUGCACUUCACAAAAUAGAUGGCAUCAUGAGGAACGAAGAUUAUGUGUAUAUAUUGAAGCAACAUCUCAAGACAUCAGUCAGGAAGUUAAAGCUUGGUCGCAAAUGGGUCUUCCAAAUGGACAGUGACCCCAAGCAUACUUCCAAAGUUGUGGCAAAAUGGCUUAAGGACAACAAAGUCAAGGUAUUGGAGUGGCCAUCACAAAGCCCUGACCUCAAUCCUAUAGAAAAUUUGUGGGCAGAACUGAAAAAGCAUGUGCGAGCAAGGAGGCCUACAAACCUGACUCCGUUACACCAGCUCUGUCAGGAGGAAUGGGCCAAAAUUCACCCAAUUUAUUGUGGGAAGCUUGUGGAAGGCUACCCGAAACGUUUGACCCAAGUUAAACAAUUUAAAGGCAAUGCUACCAAAUACGAAUUGAGUGUAUGUAAACUUCUGACCCACUGGGAAUGUGAUGAAAUAAAUAAAUCAUUCUCUCUACUAUUAUUCUGACAUUUCACAUUCUUAAAAUUAAGUGGUGAUCCUAACUGACCUAAGACAGGGAAUUUGUACUAGGAUUAAAUGUCAGGAAUUGUGAAAAACUGAGUUUAAAUGUAUUUGGCUAAGGUGUACGCAAACUUACGACUUCAACUGUACUUAAGUAUCAAAAGUAAAUGUAAUUGCUAAAAUAUAGUUAAGUAUCAAAGUUAAAGUAUAAAUCCUUUCAAAUUCCUUAUAUUAAGCAAACCAGAUGGCACCAUUUUCUUGCUUUUUUAAUUUACGGAAAGCCAGGGGCAAACUCCAACAUUCAUCAUUUACAAACAAAGCAUGUGUGUUUUAGUGAGUUCGCCAGAUCAGAGGCAGUAGGGAUGACCAGGGAUGUUCGGUUGAUAAGUGCAUGAAUUUGACUAUUUUCCUGUCCUGCUAAGCAUUCAAAAUGUAACAAGUACCGGAGCGCCAAGUCUAGGUCCAAAAGGCUCCUUAACAGCUUCUACCCCCAAGCCAUAUUACUGCUGAACAAUUAAUCAAAUGGUCACCUGGACUAUUUGCAUUUGUAUUUGUAUUUAUUAUGGAUCCCCAUUAGCUGCUGCCAAGGCAGCAGCUACUCUUCCUGGGGUCCAGCAGAAUUAAGGCAGUUAUACAUUUUAAUACAUUACAAUACAUUCAUAACAGAUUUCACAACAUAUUAACUGUGUGCCCUCAGGCCCCUACUCUACUACUGUCACGAUCGUCUAACAGAGAUGAGGACCAAGGCGCAGCGUUGCAGGCAAACAUACUCUUUAUUAGAGACACGAUCAAAAACAACAAAACGAUAACGUGACAGUUCACGGUCUAACACAACAGACUAGAAACAAGAUCCCACAAACUCUGUGGGGAAACAGGCUGCUAAAGUAUGGUUCUCAAUCAGAGACAACAAGCAACAGCUGAAUCACGUUGCCUCUGAUUGAGAACCACACUGGCCAACAUAGAACAACAAUACUAGAAUGUGAAACCUAGAACAAAACACAUAGACUUUACACACCCUGGCUCAACAUAUUAGAGUCCCCAGAGCCAGGGCGUGACAGUACCCCCACCUAAAGGCGCGGACUCCGACCGCGCCCACCAAAUACCACAGGGGAGGGACCGAGUGGGCACUCCGCUUAGGCGGCGGAUCCGGCUCCGGGCCUGAUCCCCGCUCCCUCUCCAAUCCCCCAAAGUACCCCUGGUCCGGUCUGGCCCCGCUGGCCGGAGCUGGACUGCACACUGGUGGAGCGGAUUGCUCUAGCUCCGGCGUGAAGCAUCUGACCGGUGCCGGACCAGCCACCGGUGGAACAGGCACGGGCCGUGCCGGACUGACGACGCACACCACUGGCUUGGUGUGGGGAGCAGGAGCGGGCCGAGCCGGGCUGACGAAACGCACCACUGACUUGGUGCGGGGAGCAGGAGCGGGCCGGACCGGGCUGACGAAGCGCACCACUGACUUGGUGCGGGGAGCAGGAACGGGCCGUGCCGGGCUGACGAAACGCACCACUGACUUGGUGCGGGGAGCAGGAAUGGGCCGGACCGGGCUGACGACGCGCACCACUGACUUGGUGCGGGGAGCAGGAACGGGCCGGACAGGGCUGACGAAACGCACCACUGACUUGGUGCGGGGAGCAGGAACGGGCCGUGCCGGGCUGACGAAGCGCACCACUGACUUGGUGCGGGGAGCAGGAACGGGCCGUGCCGGGCUGACGAAGCGCACCACUGACUUGGUGCGGGGAGCAGGAACGGGCCGAGCCGUACUGGGAACACACACCACUGGCCCUACGUGGGGAUCAGGAACAGGCCGGACCGGACUGGCAACACACGCCAGUACCUCUCGCCGUGCCUCUACAUCCUCCUUCCCCCUGGUGACCAGUGACUCCCGUAACCUGGCGGCCUCCUGCUGCCCCGUCGUCCACGGCGUUAGCCCCCCCCCUAAAAAAUGUAUGGGCUUCACUCCUACCCGUGGACCAGGUCUCCAUGCUUCUCUCCAGCCUUUCACCCUUCUGCCUCCAGGUCAAGCCCCUCUCUUCCUCACAUGGCUUGACCCAGUUGAGGAGGCGAAGGAGAUCUGCUAGAGAUCUCUCAGGCGCUGGCUCCUGGACUUGCUGCUUGGUCCAGUCUUGGUGGGAUCUUCUGUCACGAUCGUCUAACAGAGAUGAGGACCAAGGCGCAGCGUUACAGGCAAACAUACUCUUUAUUAGAGACACGAUCAAAAACAACAAAACGAUAACGUGACAGUUCACGGUCUAACACAACAGACUAGAAACAAGAUCCCACAAACUCUGUGGGGAAACAGGCUGCUAAAGUAUGGUUCUCAAUCAGAGACAACAAGCAACAGCUGAAUCACGUUGCCUCUGAUUGAGAACCACACUGGCCAACAUAGAACAACAAUACUAGAAUGUGAAACCUAGAACAAAACACAUAGACUUUACACACCCUGGCUCAACAUAUUAGAGUCCCCAGAGCCAGGGCGUGACAACUACCACAUAUCUAUAACACAAAAUACAUGUGUACGUGUGUGUAUAGUGCGUAUGUUAUCGUGUGUUUGUAUUCAUGUGUCUAUGUUUGUGUUGCUUCACAGUCCCCACUGUUCCGUAAGGUGUAUUUGUAUCUGUUUUUUUAAUCUAAUUUUACUGCUUGCAUGAGUUACUUGAUGUGGAAUAGAGUUCCAUGUAGUCAUGGUUCUAUGUAGUACUGUGCGCCUCCCAUAAUCUGUUCUUGACUUGGGGACUGUGAAGAGACCUCUGGUGGCAUGUCUUGUGGGGUGUGCAUGGGUGUCCGAGCUGUGUGCCAGUUGUUCAAACAGACAGCUCGGUGCAUUCAACAUGUCAAUACCUCUCACAAAUACAAGUAGUGAUGAGGUCAAUCUCUCCUCCACUUUGAGCCAGGAGAGAUUGACAUGCUUAUUAUUAAUGUUAGCUCUCUGUGUACAUCCAAGGGCUAGCCGUGCUGCCCUGUUCUGAGUCAAUUGCAAUUUUACUCUUUGUGGUACCUGACCACAUGACUGAACAGUAGUCCAGGUGCGACAAAACUAUGGCCUGUAGGACCUGCCUUGUUGAUAGUGCUGUUAAGAAUGCAGAGCAACGCUUUAUUAUAGACAGACUUCUCCCCAUCCUAGCUGCUGUUGUAUCAAUAUGUUUUGACCAUGACAUUUUACAAUCCAUGUUUUGACACCCACCCCCCUUUGUUUUUACACUGUUGCUACACGCUGUUUAUUAUCUAUGCAUAGUCACUUUACCCCUACCUACAUGUACAAAUUGACUCGGUACCGGUACCCCCUGUAUAUAGCCUCAUUAUUGUUAUUUUAUUGUGUUACUUUAAAUAUAUAUAUAUAUUUUUUUAACUUUAGUUUAUUUAGUAAAUAUUUUCUUAACUCUAUUUUCUUAAAACUGCAUUGUUGGUUAAGGGCUUGUAAGUAAGCAUUUCACGGUAAGGUCUACACCUGUUGUAUUCGGCGCAUGUGACUAAUAACAUUUGAUUUGAUUUGAAAAGAAAUGUGUCAGGGAAAAUGUAUGGAGUAAAAAGUACAAUAUUUUCUUAAAGAAUGUAGUGAAGUAAAAGUACAAGUAGUCAAAAAUAUAAAUAGUAAAGUACAGAAACCGCCAAAAACAUUAUUGAGUAUUUUUACUUAAGUACUUUACACAACUGGCGUGCCUCAGAUUCCUGUCAAGCAGAGGGGUGGUUAAACUGCGUCUCCCCUGUCCCAUUCAGUCCCAUUCCCAGUCAGGCAGGCAGAGAGAGUGAGAGGAGAGAGACACUCUACUGCACUAAACCACACACUAUAGCGGCAGGGCUAGGCUAAUCCUUCUCUGCCAUCUUUUCUUUCUUUCUCUUCUCCAGUCACAGGCAGAUCCAGGACCAUGGCACACCAUGAAGCACCCCAUAAAGACCCCAGAAAGAUGGGCAUCGGCCGCUCCAUCGCCGUGCUGACCUCCGGAGGCGAUGCCCAGGGUGAGUGGGGUGGUCCAGGGCAGGGGGGUCCCAGGGGACUGGUAGGGGGAAGCUACGGCUCCAGCUCCAGGUACAUGGAAAAUCUGAGGGAGGGCAGAUAGCCCAGAGGCUUGUUGGUAAUCUGCAGGUGGCUGAGUCGGGCCAGAGUAAUAUAAGUAUUUGGGAACAGUUCCCAUUCAUACGUGGCAGCAGCAAACUGUGAGACGUUUUACUUUAAGUCAACAAUUCCCAUAAUUCACGCUCAGCUCUCAGAGGCUCUCAUGUAAUUUGGAGUAGGGAAACGCUAGAGUAUAGGGAAGUAAAGUAACAAGUGAUUUGUAAAUAUAAUUUGUGUUGUUCAAAGUCAUGGCUGUACUUCAGGGGUGAUGCAUAGACUGACUGUACUACAGAAAUGCAUGGUCUAUAGACUGUACUACAUAAAUGCAAAGAUUUUUGUUCAAAGUCAACUAAUAGAAAACAUGCCUCUUAUUCUUGUGGUUUGAAAUCCAACUGUUGACUGGUGUUUUCAGUCACACUUACAGUCACACAGUUUGCCACACCCACUACCAAAGCCAAAUAAACUGUAAUGAUUGUGGAUUGAGGAGUUCUGAUAUUAAAAGUUCAUAUAAUAAUGUCAUAUGAUAUGUUAUCACAUUGUUGAACAUAUGAGAUGUAUUAUAUGGCACUCUAGCUGCACGUAAAGACCCCUCCUCUCGGUUGUCACAAAGAUAUCUUAUCACAUGGAAAGGGCAACGUCUUCCAUCCAAGGUUGCCAGGGUCACCGGAGCAUUUGCACUCGUUCACUACUCCCCACAAAUGUAAAAUGAUUGGAUUGGUGUAGGCAUGGCUGGAGGGAGUUUCCAUAAACCAGUCAUUUUGUUUUAAAUCGAUCAAUGCAAGAACAAGUACACAAUUCGGGAGAAAGGAAAGGAGUCUACCCCUUGACCUUUAGCUGGAUGAUAAAUACCUCCCCUUUGACCUUUGGGAUGUCUGCCGCUGACCGCAUAUGACCAUAUGUCAGGGAGCUGUCUGCCUGUCUGAACUUUACAUCGUUAUGGAGCUGGGUGUCUCUAGUCGGCUAGACGUUUAUCCAGGGUUCUCUCGCUCUCGUUCAGUUUUUUAUUGUAUUUUUCCCCUCUAUCUCUAUACACCCUGGUUACUCUGUUCUUUAAAUCUUCACCCGUAUCAUUAUCUUUCCCUCUAUUUACCUCUCUUUCCCUCAUCUCUCGUUCCCUCUCAAUCUCUCAGUAUCUGUUGGAGGGGGGCUAAUUUUAGAGGGGUGACCUUUCUGUCAUAUGACGUGGAGAGGUGGAGGAGGAGGAAUAGUGAAGUGUGCCACCCUAUACCUCCUCUAUCCUCUCCCUCCUCUUCCACCGGUCAUUUUACUCCCCCCAUGUUGAAAGGGAAGACACUCUUGGCACCUCAACAGACACAAUAUCCACAAGUGUUGCCCUUUAGACUGGAGCUGGUGUAUUGAGACAGUGAGCUGUUAAAAUGUCUCCCCUGUCUGCCCUGUCUCCCCUGUCUUCCCUGUCUCCCUGUCUUCCCUGUCCCUCCUGUCUGCCCUGUCUCUCCUGUCUGCCCUGUCUGCCUUACUCUCCCUGUCUGCCCUGUCUCCCCUGUCUGUCCUGUCUGCCUUACUCUCCCUGUCUGCCCUGUCUCCACUGUCUGUCCUGUCUGCCUUACUCUCACUGUCUCCCCUGUCUGCCUUACUCUCCCUGUCUGCCCUGUCUGCCUUACUCUCCCUGUCUUCCCUGUCCCUUCUGUCUGCCCUGUCUCUCCUGUCUGCCCUGUCUGCCUUACUCUCCCUGUCUGCCCUGUCUCCCCUGUCUGUCCUGUCUGCCUUACUCUCCCUGUCUGCCCUGUCUCCCCUGUCUGCCCUGUCUGCCUUACUCUCCCUGUCUGCCCUGUCUCCCCUGUCUGUCCUGUCUGCCUUACUCUCCCUGUCUGCCCUGUCUCCCCUGUCUGUCCUGUCUGCCUUACUCUCACUGUCUCCCCUGUCUGCCUUACUCUCCCUGUCUGCCCUGUCUCUCCUGUCUGCCCUGUCUGCCUUACUCUCCCUGUCUGCCUUGUCUGCCCUGCCAGUUCACUGACACAGACAGAGUUUCUAACAGGCAUACCAGCCAUUGUGAUGGUUUACCCUUAUCUGAGGUCCUGACCUGUUAUGAUGCAGUCUAACUAUUCAGCCCAUUUAGCUUCCAUAUAAACCAGUCACUCUGGGACUAAUGUGGCUGGCCCCUGGUGUUCCCUAUAUACACUAUAUAUGGUGGCGGUGGGGUUACAGUAUGGUAUGGGCGGGCAUAAGCUACAGUAAACGAACACAAAUGCAUUUUAUCAAUGGCAAUUUGAAUGCACAGAGAUACCGUGACAAGAUCCUGAGGCCCAUUUUCAUGCCAUUCAUCCGCCGCCAUCACCUCAUGUUUCAGCAUGAUAAUGCACAGCCCCAUGUCGCAAGGAUCUGUACACAAUUCCUGGGAGCUGAAAAUGGCCUGCAUACUCACCAAACAUGUCACCCAUUGAACAUGUUUGGGAUGCUCUGGAUUGACGUAUACGACAGCGUAUUCCAGUUCCCGCCAAUAUCCAGCAACAUUCCACAGGCCACAAUCAACAGCCUGAUCAAAUAUAUGCGAAGGAGAUGUGUCGUGCUGCAUGAGGCAAAUGGUGGUCACACCAGAUACUGACUGGUUUUCUGAUCCACGCCUUUUUUUAAGGUAUCUUUGACCAACAGAUGCAUAUAUUAAUUUAUUUCAAUUGACAGAUUUUCUGUAACUAAGUAAAAUAUUUGAAAUUGUUGCAUGUUGCGUUUAUAUUUUUGUUCAGUAUAAUUAUGCAUAUGUCAAGUUUUUAGCACACAGCAUGAAAGCUUAAUCAUAGUAGCUACACUGUCUUGUGCGUCAUAGUUCAAAACCACCUGUACUGACUGUGUCAGUGAUGUUCAUACAACCACUCUGUGCUACAGGUAUGAAUGCUGCUGUGAGGGCCACAGUCAGAAUGGGCAUCUACACUGGGGCCAAGGUCUACUUCGUUCAUGAGGUUAGUACCUGACUUGUAUCCCCCCCAUCUCAUCUACUAUUUCAUGUUACUCAUCCUCUGUUAUAGUCUAUAACUGUUACUAUUCCCUUUUUCUGAGUAUUAAAGGUCCAAUGCAGCCGUUUUUAGCUCAAUAUCCAAUCAUUUCUGGAUAACAAUUAAGUACCUUACUGUGAUUGUUUUCAAUUAAAAUGAUGAUAAGAAACAAAAAUAGCUUUUUAGCAAAGAGCAAUUUCACAAGCAAGAAUUUUGCUGGGACUGUCUGGGAGUGGUCUGAGUGGAGAGGGGAAAACUGAAAACUAGCUGUUAUUGGCAGAAAGGUUCGGAACUCUCUUUCUUAUUGGUCUAUUAACUAAUGAACCACCUGGUGAUGUCUCCAGGCAGGCCAAAACUCCAUCCCAACACAACAGGCUGAAAUUUCAGGCGGUCUUUUCAAAAAGCUCUUACACUAAACGGGCAUUAUCAUAAUUUUCACAAUUUCACAUUAUUAGUUCAACCUCAUAGUGUGGAAAAUGAAAUAUAUAUAAAACACAGGAAAAUCCCGUUUUUGGCUGCACUGGGCCUUUAAGUAAUACAGAUUACAAUGGGGGUACUUCAACCUGAGCCUCAAACUCCACAGCACUACUGGUUUUCUUUACUCCAUGGUACUUAAUUGACUGAUUUAAUGUAAGUGAUUGCCCAGAGAUUCCACCUACCUGGUGUCUCAGGUUUGAAUCAAUCCCUGAUUAGAGGGGAUAGGAAGUAAACCAGCAGUGCGAAGGCCCACAAGAACUGGAUUUGAGAAAGGGCGAUCUUACUUUACAUUUUCCUUGCCUGUUACCUUAAUAUAAAGGUCUGCCAGAUAAGCCACCUCAGUUACCCUGGGUUUCACCUUAGAUACUCCCACGACUGUGCGUGACAGGUUUGUGUCUUCGUCUCCAGGGUUACCAAGGUCUGGUGGAUGGAGGUGACAACAUCAAACUUGCCACCUGGGAGAGUGUGUCUAUGAUGCUGCAGCUGGUGAGCACACAUACUGUAUACAGUAUACACACACAUACCCACGCACACAAAAUCACAUGCACAGACAAAAAGCACACUUGCACAAACACACACACACUCACACACAUUCACAUGCACAUGCAUACACAGACACAUUCACAGACACACAUGCAUAUAGACACAAAGACACUCCCCAAAACAUGCAAGCACAUGCAUGACACAUACAGUACCAGUCAAAAGUUUGGAUACACCUACUCAUUCAAGAGUUUAUCUUUAUUUUUACUAUUUUCUACAUUGUAGAAUAAUAGUGAAGACAUUAAAACUAUGAAAUAACACAUAUGGAAUCAUGUAGUAACCAAAAAAGUGUUAAACAAAUCAAAAUAUAUUUUAUAUUUGAGAUUCUUCAAAUAGCCACCCUUUGCCUUGAUGACAGCUUUGCACACUCUUGGCAUUCUCUCAACCAGCUUCACCUGGAAUGUUCACCAACAGUCUUGAAGGAGUUCCCACAUAUGCUGAGCACUUGUUGGCUGCUUUUCCUUCACUCUGCCGUCCGACUCAUCCCAAACCAUCUCAAUCAAGUUAAGGUCAGGGGAUUGUGGAGGCCACGUCAUCUGAUGCACCACUCCAUCACUCUCCUUCUUGGUAAAAUAACCCUUACACAGCCUGGAGGUGUGCUGGGUCAUUGUCCUGUUAAAAAACAAAUGAUAGUCCCACUAAGCCCAAACCAGAUGGGAUGGCAUAUCACUGUAGAAUGCUGUGGUAACCAUGCUGGUUAAGUGUGCCUUGAAUUCUAAAUAAAUCACAGACAGUGUCACCAGCAAAGCACCCCCACACCAUAACACCUCCUCCUCCAUGCUUUACGGUGGGAACUACACAUGCGGAGAUCAUCUGUUCACCCACACCGCGUCUCACAAAGACACGAGGGUUGGAAUUUGGACUCCAGACUACCGGUCUAAUGUCCAUUGCUUGUGUUUCUUGGCCCAAGCAGGUCUCUUCUUCUUAUUGGUGUCCUUUAGUAGUGGUUUCUUUGCAGCAAUUCGACCACGAAGGCCUGAUUCACACAGUCCCCUCUGAACAGUUGAUGUUGAGAUGUGUCUGUGAUUUGAACUCUGUGAAGCAUUUAUUUGGGCUGCAAUUUCUGAGGCUGGUAACUCUAAUGAACUUAUCCUCUGCAGCAGAGGUAACUCUGGGUCUUCCAUUCCUGUCCUCAUGAGAGCCAGUUUCAUCAUAGCGCUUAAUGGUUUUUGCGACUGCACUUGAAGAAACUUUCAAAGUUCUUGAAAUGUUCCGUGUUGACUGACCUUCAUGUCUUAAAGUAAUGAUCGACUGUCGUUUCUAUUUGCUUAUUUGAACUGUUCUUGCCAUAAUAUGGACUUGGACUUUUACCAAAUAGGGCUAUCUUCUGUGUACCCCUCCUACCUUGUCACAACACAACUGAUUGGCUCAAACGCAUUAAGAAGGAAAUAAAUUCCAUAAAUUAACUUUUAAGAAGGCACACCUGUUCAUUGAAAUUGGUUGAGAGAAUGCCAAGAAUGUGCAAAGCUGUCAUCAAGGCUAAGGGUGGCUAUUUGAAGAAUCUCAAAUAUAAAAUAACACUUUUUUGGUUACUACAUGAUUCCAUAUGUGUUAUUUCAUAGUUUUGAUGUCUUCACUAUUAUUCUACAAUGUAAAAAAUAGUAAAAAUAAAGAAAAACCCUUGAAUGAGUAUGUGUGUCCAAACCUUUGACUGGUAGUGUACAUACACAUGUGCACACACACACACACACACACACACACACACACACACACACACACACACUCACACUCACACUCACACUCACACUCACUCUCCAAUGACCUCCACCCUCACACUGUCUUGAGCUCUCCUUAGUUCCUGACCAAAUGUAACCUUUCAGUGAAGGACGUGGAAUCUGUCCUCUGUAACUCAAGUGGUCCUAGAUCAGUGACCCUCUGGCCAGGAGGAUCUAGUCAAAGGCCAGGGUUCACUGGAUUUAAUGGUGCUUCAGAAGGAGAGGUUGGGGUUCUAUCUUCCUCCUUUCCUUUCUCUCUCUCUUCUCUCUCUCUCCCUCUCUCUCUAUUUCUCUCUCUCCUUCCUUGUCUCUCUCCUUUCUCUCUCCUUUCUCUAUUUAUCUCUCUCCUUCAUUGUCUCUCUCUCUCCAUCCUUCCUUCCUUCCUUCCUUCCUUCCUUCCUUCCUUCCUUCCUUCCUUCCUUCCUUCCUUCCUUCCUUCCUUCCUUCCUUCCUUCCUUCCUUCCUUCCUUCCUUCCUUCCUUCCUUCCUUCCUUCCUUCCUUCCUUCCUUCCUUCCUUCUCUCUCUCUCUCGCUCUCUCUCUCUCUCUCCUUCCUCCUCUCUCUCCCUCCUCUAUCUCGCUCUCUCUUUCCCUCUCUUUUUGUGGUGUUUUUAGUGUAAUGAGGAUGGCUCAUUAAAGUAAGACAAAAAGUCAAAAGUCUCUCUCCCUCUCUCACACACAUGCACACACACACUAUUCAUGAACCACAAUCUAUCUCAUCCCUCUCUGCCUAUAACCCACAUCCUGGCCUUCUCUACUUCCUCCUCCAUCUCUCCCUCUUUUUUAGCCCAACUGAAUGUGUUCUGUUGGCAGACUAUGUGGGUUCUGUUUGUGUCAUUCAACUGAUCCUGCCCCUUUCUAUUGUCUCUUCUCAGGGUGGAACUGUGAUUGGCAGUGCCCGCUGUAUGGACUUCAAAGAGAAGUGGGGGCGUCUGAAGGCCGCCUGCAACUUGGUCAAACUGGGCAUCACCAAUCUGUGUGUGAUUGGCGGUGACGGUAGCUUGACUGGUGCCAACCAGUUCCGUACAGAGUGGAGUGAGCUGCUGGCUGACCUGACCAAAGGGGGUGAGAUACCUGGGCCACCAGCAAGACUACAUUCCCCAGCACCCUUCACUCCAAAGCACCCAACUAUUAUAAAACAUCAUGUAACCCACUACUAGAACCAGUCAGGUUUUAGAUUAUCCUAAGAGGAGGGGAUUAGGUCAUCAUUCCUUAUGAUCUAAAAGCCUAAACUAAUCCUAGAUCAGCACUACUACUAUUGUGAAUUUGUGAAUGCCCAAGCAUGGUCUUUGAAAUAUGUGGCUCCUUACACUGUACUUUAAUGCCUCCUUGUCAUUUAUUCAAAGUGACUUACAGUAGUACUUGCAUUCAUUUUCAAAUGGGUGGCCCCCAUGGGCGUUGCAAGGGCUAUGCUCUACCAACUGAGCCACACAGGACCACAGGUAGUGUAUUAAAUCUGAGAGUUGACUGCUAGUUUGUGUGUCUACCACUAGGUAAGAUCACAGCGGAGGAGGCUAAGCGUUCCUAUCACCUCAACAUCGUGGGCAUGGUGGGCUCUAUCGACAACGACUUCUGUGGCACUGACAUGACCAUCGGCACCGACUCUGCCCUGCACCGCAUCAUAGAGGUGGUGGACGCCAUCACGACUACUGCACAGAGGUAUACACACAACACACACACCGAUAUUAAGUCAUUUGUAAACAUGAGUAAAUCAUAGGGAUUUUAUGAUUCUGACUCUUUGACUUAUUUCUGUUGACAGUCACCAGAGGACCUUUAUCCUGGAAGUGAUGGGCAGACACUGUGGGUGAGUGCCUGACUGUGUGUGUGUGUGUGUGUGUGUGUGUGCCAGCGUGCGUGCGUGCGUGCCUGUGCGUGCUUGUGUGUGUAUUAACAUUGUUCUCUGUUGCCACAGCUACCUGGCCCUGGUGACUGCUCUGGCCUGUGGUGCUGACUGGGUGUUCAUCCCAGAAAUGCCGCCAGAGGAAAACUGGGAGGAACAUUUGUGCAAAAGAUUGAUUGCGGUACCACACCUCCUCUCCUUCUCUCUCUAUCCCUCUGUUCUUCAAUCCCUCAAUCCUUUCUCCACCUCUUCUGAUUGAGCCUCUCUUUGUCUCUCUCUCUCUGGUUUUCUCUCUCUCUUCCUCAAAUAGUAACACACAAAACAACGUUCUCUCUCCGUCUCUCUCUCAGCAAAGGGAGCGUGGUUCUCGUCUCAACGUUAUCAUCAUGGCAGAGGGAGCCCAGGACCGUCACCAGAAACCCAUAACCUGUGACCAAGUCAAAAAUGUGAGAUAUGACAUCACACAGUCAGUAGAAGCUGGCCCUAUUCUCUGAUACAGGCUGAGAUGGCCGUGAUGAGGAGGUCUUGCCAGUUCCUGCUCGACUUUGCUUUUUUAUGGGCCAUUUUGUUAAAUUAUUACUUUGUUUGCUAUUCUUAUCGUAAAACAUUUAUUCUAUUCUACUGAGCCAUUUACUUUAUGUUCGUAUUCUUAUCUUUUAUUAUUUCUUAUUGUUGUUGCAUUGUCGAGAAGGAACCUGCAAGUAAGCAUUUCGUUGGAUACCAUGUGCAUCCCGUACAUACUGUAUGACUAAUAACACUUGAAACAUGGCCCAAAUGGCAUCCUAUUCCCAAUAUAGAGAAUAGGAUUCCAUUUGGGACGCAGAACAGAGUCCGAUACAUUUGGGACGCAGCCACAGAGUCCGAUACAUUUUGGACGCAGCCACAGAGUCCGAUAGGUUUGGGACGCAGCCACAGUCCGAUAGGUUUGGGACACAGCCACAGAGUCUGAUACGUUUCAUCCCCCUAAUGGUUAAGGUUAUAAGGGACUAGGGUAAUAUGAUCUGACAGAGGACUGAUACCGUAAUCUGUUUGUGUCACUCUGUACAGCUGGUAUCCAAGAAACUUGGCUUCGACACCCGUUCCACUAUCCUGGGACACGUACAGAGAGGUGGCACCCCCUCUGCUUUUGACAGAAUCCUGGUAAUCCAUCUGUCUGUCACCACUUUGUGUCUGUGCCUGUGUUUCAAUCUGUUGUCUAAUCUAUUUUGACCUUCAGGGUCAUUACAUAGUGCCUAUAAUGUUCCUGUAAUGAUAAUCAAUCCUUUAUUAAUUCAUUAAGUAAGUAAUUCGUUAAUGAAUUCAUUCUCUCUCUCUCUGUCCCCCAGGGUAGCAGGAUGGGUGUGGAGGCUGUGAUGGCUCUGUUGGAGGCCACCCCAGAAACCCCAGCCUGUGUUGUCAGUCUUUCUGGGAACAUGGCCAUCAGGCUGCCUCUCAUGGAGUGUGUCCAAGUGGCGAGUUAUACACCUAUGCCACAUCAAACUAUUAUAUUUCCUAUCUUAUUGUUGAUAAAGCACCUUUAUUAUCUACAUAGAGUUCUCUUUCCUUUAACUCUAACAUUUUAAUUCCCUCCUCGCUCGGACUCUCUCGAUAGUAUCGCGCAGAAUUCUACCUCCUAUAGGCUCUCUCGGAUCCGGAUAUCUCCUCUCUCUCUCUCUUCUUCUCUCUCGGAUCUCUCUCUCUCUCUCUCUCUCUCUCUCUCUCUCUCUCUCUCUAUCUCUCUCUCUCUCUCUCUCUCCUCUCUCUCUCUCUCUCUCUAUCUCUCUCUCUCUCUCUCUCUCUCUCUCUCUCUCUCUCAGACUAAAGAUGUGACCGUAGCCAUGGCUGAGGGGAGAUUUGAAGAUGCUGUGAAGCUCAGGGGAAAGUGAGCCUUUUAUUUAGCCUCUUUUAUUCUUUCUUUAUUUGCUAUUUUCUUACAGUGAGAUGAAAACCGUUGGUAAUUUUUUUUUCAAUGUCUGUUUGUAGGAGCUUUCAGAAUAACUGGGACACAUACAAAAUGCUGGCUCACGUGACCCCCCCAAAAGUGAAGGUGAGUAACAGCAGCAUUUUCUUUUACUUGCUAUUUUGGUCACGUGUUUGGGCAUCUGGUUGCACAUUUGAAGGCGUUAUAUUACUUUUUGCCUACAGUGUAGUUCCUAUAAUCAUGUUGCGCCCAAAAUACAUCCUCUCUCUCUCCUGUUCUCCCCCUCUCAGAGCAACAUCAACAUUGCUAUUAUAAAUGUGGGCGCCCCCUGUGCUGGGAUGAAUGCAGCAGUGCGCGCAGCUGUCAGGGUCGGUAUCAUCCAGGGACACCAGAUGCUGGCUGUACAUGACGGCUUUGACGGCCUGGCUAACGGACAGGUGGGUCAUUCCACCUGAGGAUUUCCUGUAGUGGACAACUUGUUCAAGCUGUUAGGAGUCACUGGGUCCAUCCUAAUAAUAUCUCCUAUCUCCUGAUGGGUGCCCUCCUUCACUACUUCCCACAAAUCGUAGGCCCGAUUCCGAUUUAGGAAAUUACACCUUUCUUACACACACAUUUCCUACGCACUUCUCAGUAGCUGGUAUUCAGACUUACCUUAUGAAGGUUAGUAACGGGCUUUGCAGGCGUGGAACCCUUGCACACGCUGAAUAAAUGUAAUUCAAGUGCUGAAAUCCCUACCACUUGCUGGUAAACAGAUUUUCUCAUAGAGUUUUCAUUCAAUAAUGUUUUAAGUACAUUUAUCUUAAGCCAUCCCUUUAAAUACGGUGUACCUUUUAGUUAGAAUGUUGUGGACAGACUCAAUAGAAUAUAUCGAAAGAACGGGUUCAGAAUAUUAGGGCUCAAUGAAAGAAAGCCAUCUAAAUAUAUGCAUGUUCGUCUCCGUUUCAGCACCACUUGGUAGAUUAAAUAAUCUAUUGUUGUAGAUUAUUUAGAGUUUGGAAAUUAUUUAUGAAUCAUGAAAAACAGGUUUGGAGAGCCUUUACGCACGAAAAAAAAAAACGGUGGUUAGAAUCAUUCUGAAAAUUUCCACAUUCAGUUCUUUAACCCAUGUAAUGUUGGAAGAUUAGUGUACAUACAAUUAUAAUAGUGAGAAUAGUGUACAAUAGUAGGCUAUACCCUCGUCACAGCCUGAUGACACAGCCAAGUAUUGCACCAUGCGUUGGGUUGAAACUGUUGCGGCUUGGUCUGCGCUCUGCUCCAUUACGAUUUAAUUAGCCUGCAUGUCUUUUUUUAUAUUAUCAACUGUUACUAAUGAUCCUCAGCAACAACCACAUGGCCGUGACGGCGUUUACAGAGGAAGCAAAUUAAUGUACAUGAAACAAUGGAAUGAUAAUGUAGGCUAUACCAACUGAAGGGAACUAACAGUAAAUUGGCAGUUGAAUAUGUGUUGUUAUUAUGUCUACUGACAGUCGAUACUGAUAGUGGCUAAUAUUUAACAUGAUAGAAAUAGGAAACAGAGAAAGUCAGUGUAGCCUAUAAUUAAGACAAUUGAGAGUGCCCAUCUCUGCAAGUUAAAAGGCCGUACAAUUACAAUUCUGCAUAAUGGCACAGCAUUUCAUAAACUAUACUGUGGGAAAGUUGAUAUGUUGAUAUGCUUCAGUUUGCUGCCAUAUGACUGGUUUCACAUUUGUCUCCAGCCAUUAGAAGGUAAAAUAUAUCUAAAACAAGUGUCAUUUAUAUUUACAAUUCCCUUAUCCAAACGGAUUACUCAUUUCCCUAGCUCUUAUCAAUAGCUCUUAUCAAGUUGUAAAUUACAGUGCAUGGAGAAUGGUGUUAUUUCUCAUGGAAACAAUAAAGUACAUGCUUUUUCCACUUGGAACCGGAAGAUUCGCUAGACCUUAUUCAUGAUUUCCUGGUAGUGGAAUUAUUAGGGAAUUAAGUCAAGGUCAGAAUAAGGUGUAUCUGUAGACACACCUACGCCACACCUUCACUUAUUUGAUCCCACCCAAAACGAAUAGCAGGUGAAUAGCAAGCGAUUCUUAUGCUUAAGUUCAAGGUCAGAAUACGCAUAGAGAGAAAAGUGCAUAUAAAGGGAAUCAUGUUCCAUUUACGCACGCUUAACUCGGGUCGGAAUCGGGGCCUUAAAGCAUUGGAUUGGUGCAGGCAUGGGCUAGUGGAGGUUUCCACCAUUUUAUACUAAUCAUUUCCUUUAAAUUCAGUGAAGGGAAGUGAACAAGUGUUGAGCUCCACCUGCACAUCUCAACACAAAUGACACACGCAUGCGCACACGCACUCGCACAAACAUACCAUACUUAUCUCUCUUUCCUCUUCCCCAGAUUGAGCCUAUCAUCUGGGCUCAAGUGAGUGGAUGGACUGGGAAGGGAGGGUCCAAUCUCGGUACUAAGAGGUGAGACAUCUCCACAGACCACACACACCAAUAUGUAGGGCCGCAAGGUCUUCCUGACCAUGUGACCUGUCCAGGAAAAGCUCAAAGUCACGUGUUUAGGAGGAACCCAGGGCCCUAAUUAUAGGAAUAGAAACCUCUGUUGACAGAUAAACCAGAUGGUCACAUUUAACUCUCUGUUUCUCCUCUCUGGUGUGAAGACACCUGCCAGGUAAAAACAUUGAGCAAAUCAGCCUGAACAUUGCCAAGUUCAACAUCCAUUCUCUAAUCAUCAUCGGAGGCUUUGAGGUGAGGAUCAAGGGGUUGGGUUAGAGAGAGUGUUAUGAUGGUUCACUGGCCCACUGUCAUGACACUUCAUAGAAUCGGUCCUUAAAGUAUAAGUGUACAAAUAUUAUUGAUUUAACAUAUUCAUUAAACAUAAGCACUAUAGUUGACAAAAUAUGAGUAUCAUGAAUAUUGUCAUGUCUGUUGAUGCCUAGUCCAGAUAUACAUGGUAAUGUGUGUCUCCCUGUCAGGCGUAUCUGGGUGGUCUGGAGCUGGUGACAGCCAGGGAGAAGUACGAGGAGCUGUGUAUCCCCAUGGUGAUCAUUCCCGCCACGGUCUCCAACAAUGUUCCCGGAUCGGACUUCAGCAUCGGAGCUGACACCGCCCUCAACACCAUCACCACGGUCAGACAUAUCCUGAUGCUUAGUCACUUUACCCUGCCUUUAUGUACAUAUCUACCUCAAAUACCUCAUACCUCUGCACAUUGAUCUGGUACUUGUUCUCCCUGUAUAUAGAUUCAUUAUUGUGUAUUUUAUUCCUGUUGUGUUACAAUUAACUCUGCACCGUUGGAAAGGGCUUCUAAGCAAGCAUUUCACGGUAAAGUCUACACCUGUUUUAUUCGGUGCAUGUGACAAAUAACAUUUGAUUUGACACACACACACGCUGUACCCCAGAUACACACAUGCAGAUACACACAUGCAGGCACACACACACUGUACCCCAUACACACAAAGGUUUAAAUACACAAAUGACAAUACCCAGACACACAUCCCUCCUCAUCCCUUCCUUCUCUUUCUCUUCUUUCUGCUGUCUUUCUCGGUCAGACUUGUGACAGGAUCAAGCAGUCUGCUGCUGGCACCAAGAGGAGAGUGUUCAUCAUUGAGACCAUGGGGGGAUACUGUGGCUACCUGGCAACCAUGGCUGGCUUGUCGUCUGGGGCUGAUGCUGCCUACAUCUAUGAAGAGCCUUUCCAUAUCCGUGACCUAGAGGUCAGAGGCCACACGCAGAAUAACAAAGAUGGAUGGUAUAUUUCAGACACAUCCCAAAAAAUGGGGACAUUGGGUUGUUGAAUCAUGGUUUGACUGUUGUAUUGUUUUAUUGCAGCUGAACGUGGAGCAUCUAAUAGAAAAGAUGAAGACCUCAGUGAAGAGAGGCCUCAUUCUCAGGUGGGUGUGCUCUCCUGAAAAACACAUCCUUGCCUGAUAUCCCUCAGACAUUAUUGUUCUCUUGUUUCUCUUGUUACUACAACUAACGAAUUAUGGAUUGUCUUAUAAUAAUACCGUCCUCCUCCUGCCCACAGGAAUUCUAAUGCCAAUGAGAACUACACCACACAGUUCAUCUACAACCUGUACUCAGAGGAGGGCAAGGGCACUUUCGACUGCAGGAUGAAUGUCCUGGGACACAUGCAGCAGGUCUGAUGGACACUUCUUCUAGCUGUUUCAUGGACUCAACUCUAAACCUGUAGCUAAUAUUUAUGAAGUAAUAUAAGGAAUCCAGAGUUUUUUCUGGAUCAAAAAAGGGGCUUAGGUAGUGUGUGUGGCAGUGAGCGUGGUUGGCCCGUCGACGCAGCUGCAUUUUAGAGAUCAUUUUAGAGGCCCACAUCUUGGCGGUGUAGAGAAAUAUUUGCAUUUGUAAGCCAAUUUCCUGCAAUUAUAACAAUUUCUCCAUGGAGCUGAGAUUAUUUUUUUCAGUUUAGAAAGAUAAUUGCCUGCAAUACUAUACAUUUUGCCAUGCAGCUGUGAGAAAAUUAUGCAAUUUUAAAGCACAUUUCCUGUAAUUCUACAUAUGGAGCUGAGAGAAAAUUUUACAGUUUUAAAGCUAAUUUCCUGCAGUUCUAUGCAUUUUGCCAUGGCUAAUGCUGUAGAUUUUUGCUCAAACAUAAUAACAAAAUAUCUACUGCUAAAUUCAUUUUUUAAUUUUUUUUUUUAUAUUCUCCCUGACUGUCAAAUUUUUAUUUUGGUAAUUGUUAGUUCUCAAAGAUUCUAACAAAAUAUAUAUAGGUCCAUUAUCUUUUCUACAUACUUUAUAUCUGGUUUUAGUCAUUAAAGUUUACACCGAAAGCGUUUUUCCAUCCCUAAAAGGUUUGUACACUAGGAAAGCCUUCCUAAUAUUGAGUUGCACCCCCUUUUGCCCUCAGAACAGCUUCAUUUCGUCGGGGCAUGGACUCUACAAGGUGUCGAAAGCAUUCCACAGGGAUACUGGCCCAUGUUGGCUCCAAUGCUUCCCACAGUUAUGUCAAGUUGGCUGGAUGUCCUUUGGGUGGUGGACCAUUCUUGAUACACACAGGAAACUGUUUAGCAUGAAAAACCCAGCAGCGUUACAAUUCUUGACACACUCAAACCGGUGCGCCUGGCACCUACUACCAUACCCUGUUCAAAGGCACAUAAAUAUUUUGUCUUGCCCAUUCACCCUUUGAAUGGCACAUAUACACAAUCCAUGUCUCAAUUGUGUCAAGGCUUAAAAAUCCUAAUGUUUUGUACACUCAGGUGUUCCUAAUGUUUUGUACACUCAGUGUAUAUAUACACUACCAGUCAAAAGUUUGGACACAUCUACUCAUUUAAGGGUUUUUCUUUAUUUUUACUAUUUUCUACAUUGUAGAAUAAUAGUGAAGAUAUCAAAACUAUGAAAUAACACAUAUGGAAUCAUGUAGUAACUAAAAAAGUGUUAAACAGAUUCUUCAAAUAGCCUUGAUGACAGCGUUUGUCACGAUCGUCUAGAACAGGAGACCAAGGCGCAGCGUUUGCAAAAUACAUCUCUUUAUUAUGGAAGAGAGAAAAACACGAAACCGAACACUAUCCAAAACUAACAAAACAACAAACGACCGUGAAGCUAAAUUACGUAAGUGCACUGACAAGCAACAAACGUUCAACAUAGACAAUUACCCACAAACACAUGAUGCCCAUGGCUGCCUUAAAUAUGGCUCCCAAUUAGAGACAAUAAACCACAGCUGUCUCCAAUUGAGAACCAAUCUAGGCAGCCAUCAACAUACAAACACCUAGACAAGACAUAACCCCAUAAACCUACAAACCCCUAGACAAACCAAAACACAUACUUCACCAUGUCACACCCUGACCUAACUAAAAUAUUAAUGAAAACAAAGAUAACUAAGGCCAGGGUGUGACAUAACCCCCCCCCUUAAGGUGCGAACUCCGGGCGCACCUGCAUAAAGUCUAGGGGAGGGUCUGGGUGGGCGUCUGUCCACGGUGGCGGCUCUGGCACUGGUCGUGGUCCCCACCCCACCAUAGUCACUACCCGCUUUCGUAGCCUCCUCCAAAUGACCACCCUCCAACUUAACCCCACUGGAUUAAGGGGCAGCACCGGACUAAGAGGCAGCACCGGACUAAGGGGCAGCACCGGACUAAGGGGCAGCACCGGACUACGGGGCAGCACCGGACUAAGGGGCAGCACCAGGAUAAGGAGCAGCACCAGGAUAAGGAGCAGCACCAGGAUAAGGGGCAGCACCGGGCUAAGGGGCAGCACCGGGCUAAGGGGCAGCACCGGACUAAGGGGCAGCACCGGACUGAAUGGCGGAUCCUGGCUGGCUGGCUCUGGCGGAUCCUGGCUGGCUGGCGGAUCCUGGCUGGACGGCUCUGGCGGAUCCCGGCUGGACGGCUCUGGCGGAUCCUGGCUGGACGGCUCUGGCGGAUCCUGGCUGGACGGCUCUGGCGGAUCCUGGCUGGACGGCUCAUGGCUGGCUGACGGAUCUGGCUGUUCAUGGCUGGCUGACGGAUCUGGCUGCUCAUGGCUGGCGGAAGGCUCUGGCUGAUCCUGUCUGGCGGAAGGCUCUGGCUGAUCCUGUCUGGCGGAAGGCUCUGGCUGAUCCUGUCUGGCGGAAGGCUCUAGCGGCUCCUGUCUGGCGGAAGGCUUUAGCGGCUCCGGUCUGGCGGACGGCUCUGAAGGCUCAGGGCAGACGGGCGGCUUAUGCAGCGCUUGGCAGACGGACAGUUCAGACGGCGUUGGGCAGACGGGCAGUUCAGGCGCCGUUAGGCAGACGGCAGACUCUGGCCGGCCGAGACGCCCUAGAGGCCUGGUGCGUGGUGCCGGAACUGGAGGUACCGGGCUGAGGACACGCAUCUCAGGUCUAGUGCGGGGAGAAGGAACAGGGCAUGCUGGACCCUGGGGACGCACAUAAGGCCUAGUGCGUGGUGCCGGAACUGGUGGUCCCGGGCUGAGGACACGCAUCUCAGGGCUAGUGCGGGGAGCAGGAACAGGCCGGACCGGGCUGGCGACGCGCACCGUAGGUUUGGUGCGAGUGGCAGGAACAGGCCGGGUCGGGCUGGCGACGCGCACCGUAAACUUGGUGCGGGUGGCAGGAACAGGCCGGACCGGGCUGGCGACGCGCACCGUAGGUUUGGUGCGAGUGGCCGGAACAGGCCGGGUCGGGCUGGCGACGUACACCGUAGGCUUAGUACGUGGAGCAGGAACCGGCCGGGCUGGACUGGCGACGCACACCGUGGGUCUGGUACGUGGAGCAGGAACAGGUCGGGCUGGACUGGCGACGCACACCGUGGGCUUAGUACGUGGAGCAGGAACCGGCCGGGCUGGACUGGCGACGCACACCGUGGGCUUGAUGCGUGGAGUAGGAACAGGCCGGUCCGUACUGGGAACACACACCACUGGCCUUAACCGGGGAUCAGGAACGGGCCGGACCGGACUGGUAACACACCUCAGUCUCUUACGCCGUGCCUCAACUGCUUCCCUCCCUCUACUCGCCAAUGGCUCCCGUAAACCGGUAGCCUUCUCUCCACGUCUCCUUGUGGCAGCCUCCUGCUGCCCAGCCGCCCAAGCCAUGUGCCCCCCCAAAAAAACUUUUUGGGGUUGCCUCUCGUCCCUCCGACGAAGGCCCUGCUGACGCCGUUGCUCCUCUCUCAGUCGCCUCUCCACUGUUUCACACCAUGGCCGUCGAUCCAUCCCAUCCAGGAUUUCCUCCCAAGUCCAAGACCCUUUACCUUCCAAAAUCUCCUCCCAUGUCCAGACCCUUGGCUCCUGGACACGCCGCUUGGUCCUUUGAUGGUGGGUAAUUCUGUCACGAUCGUCUAGAACAGGAGACCAAGGCGCAGCGUUUGCAAAAUACAUCUCUUUAUUAUGGAAGAGAGAAAAACACGAAACCGAACACUAUCCAAAACUAACAAAACAACAAACGACCGUGAAGCUAAAUUACGUAAGUGCACUGACAAGCAACAAACGUUCAACAUAGACAAUUACCCACAAACACAUGAUGCCCAUGGCUGCCUUAAAUAUGGCUCCCAAUUAGAGACAAUAAACCACAGCUGUCUCCAAUUGAGAACCAAUCUAGGCAGCCAUCAACAUACAAACACCUAGACAAGACAUAACCCCAUAAACCUACAAACCCCUAGACAAACCAAAACACAUACUUCACCAUGUCACACCCUGACCUAACUAAAAUAUUAAUGAAAACAAAGAUAACUAAGGCCAGGGUGUGACAGCGUUGCACACUCUUGGCAUUCUCUCAACCAGCUUCAUGAGUUAGUCACCUGGAAUGCAUUUCAAUUAACAGGUGUGCCUUCUUAAAAGUUAAUUUGUGGAAUUUCUUUCCUUCUUAAUGCGUUUGAGACAAUCAGUUGUGUUGUGACAAGGUAGUGGAGGGUAUAUAGAAGAUAGUCCUAUUUGGUAAAAUACCAAGUCCAUAUUAUGGCAAGAACAGCUCAAAAAAGCAAAGAGAAACGACAGUCCAUCAUUACUUUAAGACAUGAAGGUCAGUCAGUACGGAAAAUUUAAAGAACUUUUAAAGUUUCUUCAAGUGCAGUCGCAAAAAACAUCAAGCGCUAUGAUGAAACUGGCUCUCAUGAGGACCACCACAGGAAUGGAAGACCCAGAGUUACCUCUGCUGCAGAGGAUAAGUUAAUUACAGUUACCAGCCUCAAAGGGUGGCUAUUUGAAGAAUCUCAAAUAUAAAAAUUAUUUUGAUUUGUUUAACACUUUUUUGCUUACUACAUGAUUCCAUAUGUGUUAUUUCAUAGUUUUGAUGUCUUCACUACUAUUCUACUAUGUAAAAAAUUGUAAAAAUAAAGAAAAACCCUUGAAUGAGUAGGUGUGUCCAAACUUUUGACUGGUAGUGUAUAUAUAUUUUUCUCUACACUUUCUGUACUUAGGCGACCCGAAGAAACGCUUAUGCGGCCCGCCCAAGGAUUACAAUGUCAGAAAAAUCCCUGGAAUCAAUUUAUGUAUAUGCUCAUAUGGGAAUACCUAUCUCUCACCAUCUCUCUCUCGCUCUCUCUCGCUCUCUCGCUCUCAAUGUCUCUCUCUCUUUCUCUAUGUCUUACCACCAGGGUGGAACCCCCACUCCCUUCGACAGGAAUUUCGGUACCAAGAUGGGAUCCAAGUCUGUCCUGUGGCUGACUGACAAGCUGAAGGAGUGCUACAGACACGGUGAGGAUAUUGACACACUGGACCAAAUGUCUUCAAGCAGAUGGAAUUCACUUCAUUUCUUCGAUCACCUCAAUACUUAGAGCAAAUAACUCUUCCUUUUUUUUCAUCAACAAGCACAAUGUCUUCAUAACUUGCUCUCUAUAAUGCAUUUACAUGGAUUCAUAACCUUCUGUGCCCACUACCCCCAGCCUGGUCCUAGAUAGGGGUUUAAUCCAACUCCUCUGACUACUGUUGUCCUGCCAUGAGAGAGGAGCUGGAUAAAUCCCAUACAGACAGGUCUGGGAUCAGCCAGGCUACUGCCCUCCUUCGCUGAUGCUGGCUCUCUUUGUGUCCCAGGUCGUAUCUUUGCCAACAUGCCAGACUCUGCCUGUGUGCUGGGCAUGAAAAAGAGAUCCCUGGUCUUCCAGCCCCUGGCUUCCCUCAAGGACGACACUGACUUUGAGUAAGUCCUAGUCCUCCCUCUGUUUCCACACCUCCUUCUCUUUCUCUCCUCCUUCUCCCUCCUGUUUGUGACUAUUCAUCAAAUCAAAAAUCAAAUCAAAUCAAAUUGUAUUGGCCACAUGCGCCGAAUACAACAGGUGCAGACAUUACAGUGAAAUGCUUACUUACAGCCCUUAACCAACAGUGCAUUUAUUUUUAAUAAAAAAGUAAAAUAAAACAACAACAAAAAAGUGUUGAGAAAAAAAGAGCAGAAGUAAAAUAAAAUAAAAUAACAGUAGGGAGGCUAUAUAUACAGGGGGGUACCGGUGCAGAGUCAAUGUGCGGGGGCACCGGCUAGUUGAGGUAGUUGAAGUAAUAUGUACAUGUGGUUAGAGUUAAAGUGACUAUGCAUAAAUAAUUAACAGAGUAGCAGCAGCGUAAAAAGAUGGGGUGGGGGGUGGGGUUGGGGGGGCAGUGCAAAUAGUACGGGUAGCCAUGAUUAGCUGUUCAGGAGUCUUAUGGCUUGGGGGUAGAAGCUGUUGAGAAGUCUUUUGGACCUAGACUUGGCACUCCGGUACCGCUUGCCGUGCGGUAGCAGAGAGAACAGUCUAUGACUAGGGUGGCUGGAUUCUUUGACAAUUUUGAGGGCCUUCCUCUGACACCGCCUGGUAUAGACGUCCUGGAUGGCAGGAAGCUUGGCCCCAGUGAUGUACUGGGCCGUACGCACUACCCUCUGUAGUGCCUUGCGGUCGGAGGCCGAACAGUUGCCAUACCAGGCGGUGAUGCAACCAGUCAGGAUGCUCUCGAUGGUGCAGCUGUAGAAUUUUUUGAGGAUCUGAGGACCCAUGCCAAAUCUUUUCAGUCUCCUGAGGGGGAAUAGGCUUUGUCAUGCCCUCUUCACGACUGUCUUGGUGUGUUUGGACCAUGAUAGUUCGUUGGUGAUGUGGACACCAAGGAACUUGAAGCUCUCAACCUGUUCCACUACAGCCCCGUUGAUGAGAAUGGGGGCGUGCUCAGUCCUCUUUUUUUUCCUGUAGUCCACAAUCAUCUCCUUUGUCUUGGUCACGUUGAGGGAGAGGUUGUUAUCCUCGCACCAUACGGCCAGGUCUCUGACCUCCUCCCUAUAGGUUGUCUCAUCGUUGUCGGUGAUCAGGCCUACCACUGUUGUGUAGUCGGCAAACUUAAUGAUGGUGUUGGAGUCGUGCCUGGCCAUGCAGUCAUGGGUGAACAGGGAGUACAGGAGGGGACCGAGCACGCACCCCUGAGGGGCCCCUGUGUUGAGGAUCAGUGUGGCAGAUGUGUUGUUACCUACCCUUACCACCUGGGGGCGGCCCGUCAGGAAGUCCACGAUCCAGUUGCAGAGGGAGGUGUUUAGUCCCAGGAUCCUUAGCUUAGUGAUGAGCUUUGAGGGCACUAUGGUGUUGAAUGCUGAGCUGUAGUCAAUGAAUAGCAUUCUCACGUAGGUGUUCCUCUUGUCCAGGUGGGAAAGGGCAGUGUGGAGUGCUAAUGGCGCCAGAGAAGAUGGCUGCCAUUUUACAGCCCUCUAACCAAUUGUACUAUUAUGUGUGUUUUUCCACGUUAUUUGUAAUUUUUUUUGUACAUAAUGCAUCUGCCAUCGUCUCUUAUAACCAAAAAGAGCUUCUGGAUAUCAGGACAGCGAUUACUCACCUCGUUUUGGACGAAGAUUUUUUCUUCAACGAGGCGGCCGCAAAGGAUAUCCUACAGACACCCGACAAGGCCCAAAUCCCCGUCAAUGUUCCACAUUGAGUUCAAUUGGGUUUUACUGACAAGCAAUGGUAGUUAAGUUGAAAGUGCUGUUGUUUGGAAGUCUGUGCCAAUCCAAUUAGAACCAUUGAGUGUUUCUUUGAACAGAUUGCUCACAGAAAGCCAGCCCAUGUUCCUUCUAGCAUUUCCCUUAUUAUUUUUCCUCUAUUUCCUGUUUUCUUCCUCUGAUCCUUUGUCCUCCUCCUCCUCACUCCCCUCUUCCACCACCCUGUCCUCUCUCUCCUCCCCCUCUUCUCCCUUACCCCACCCUUCCCUCCUCCCUCCAUAGGCACCGUAUCCCAAAGACGGAGUGGUGGCUGAGGCUAAGGCCCAUCCUGAAAAUCCUGGCCAAAUAUGACACUGUUGAAAUCGACACCUCUGAGAUGGCUGCCAUGGAGCACGUCAUCAAGAAGACAGGCCAAGUCAAGUGGGGCAAAAUGUAA